GCAUCACUAGAGGAGGAGGAGGAGGAAGAGGAGGAAGGAGACGCUGUGUCAGGUGGAAACGUGGACCUCUAUGGAUAUCAUCAUCGCCCUCCACCGGCUCUCCACCUCAGCACCAACUGCGCCUCCCGGCCGGUGUCCCCAGCUGCUCCCCUUUAUUCCCACGCUGCAUCCUCCCCAUCCUCCUGCGGAUGAAGCGCUUCCCGGCGUAGCGGACACCGAUCGAGGGAAGACCCUGCUGGAAUAACAGCCUCCCUCCAUUCAUAGCCGUUCCGCUUAUCGAUCCAACCGGCCGCGUCUUUAGAGGAGGACACAUCCAAGCAGAAAUCUGAGAGUGACCCUUCAGGGACGCCGGCCUGCAUUUGGGUGCAGGUUGCUGCAGUGAUCCGGGUGAAGUGCGCGAUGGCUAAUGCCUCUCCAGACCUGGACAAUGCAGAAGCUCAGCGCCAGCUCAAUAACAACAACCGACCAAUCAGCUCUGGGUUCUGGGAGACUGAGUGUACAAGCUCCAAAUUGUUUGAGUGUUCCCGCAUCAAGGCUCUGGCAGAUGAAAGAGAUGCAGUGCAGAAAAAAACCUUCACAAAGUGGGUCAACUCCCACCUAGCCAGAGUGUCCUGUCGAAUAUCUGACCUCUACAACGACCUGAGGGAUGGCUAUAUGCUCACCAGACUGCUGGAGGUUCUUAGUGGGGAGCUCCUGCCGAGACCGACUAGGGGUCGUAUGCGGAUCCACUGCCUGGAGAAUGUCGACAAAGCGUUGCAGUUCCUGAAGGAGCAGAGGGUUCAUCUAGAAAAUGUUGGUUCCCAUGACAUAGUAGAUGGAAACCAUCGCCUCACGCUGGGCCUUAUCUGGACUAUCAUCCUCCGUUUUCAGAUCCAGGUGAUCAAAAUAAACACUGCAGACAACAGAGAAACCCGCUCGGCCAAAGACGCUCUGCUGCUUUGGUGCCAGAUGAAGACUGCAGGAUACCCUGAGGUGAACAUUCAGAAUUUCACCACCUGCUGGAGAGAUGGCCUCGCCUUCAACGCCCUCAUACACAGACACAGACCUGACCUAAUAGAGUUCCAUAAGCUGACGCGCUCCAAUGCAACCCACAACCUGCAGCAAGCCUUUAACGUCGCCGAGAACCACCUGGGUCUCACCAAACUCCUGGACCCUGAGGAUGUGAACACAGAGAACCCAGAUGAAAAGUCCAUCAUUACGUAUGUGGUCUCCUACUACCACUACUUCUCCAAGAUGAAGGCUCUUAUUGUGGAGGGGAAGAGGGUUGGCAAGGUGUUGGACAACUGCAUCGAGACUGAAUCGAUCGUGAACCGAUAUGACGCUCUGGCCUCAGACCUGCUGGACUGGAUAGAGAAGACCAUUGCCAUUAUCAGCAACCAGAAAUUUGCCAACUCGCUGACUGGAGUUCAGCAGCAGCUGCAGGCUUUCACAACCUACUGCACUAUAGAGAAGCCCAUCAAGUUUCAGGAGAAAGGAAAUCUUGAGGUCCUUCUGUUCACCAUCCAAAGCAAACUCAGAGCCAAUAACCAGAAACCCUACGUGCCUCAUGAUGGGAAGCUGAUCUCAGACAUCAACAAGGCCUGGGAAAGACUGGAGAAGGCGGAGCAUGAGAGAGGCAUGGCUCUACGCAAAGAGCUGAUUCGUCAGGAGAAGCUGGAGCUUUUGGCUCAGCGUUUUGACCACAAAACAACCAUGAGGCAAGCGUGGCUCAACGAGAACCAGAGACUCGUGUCGCAGGAUAAUUUUGGCUACGAUCUGCCUGCAGUCGAGGCUGCGAUGAAGAAACACGAGGCCAUCGAGGCGGACAUAGCCUCUUACGAAGAAAGGAUCGGUGUGGUUAUUGAGCUCUCCUCAGAGAUGGAAAAGGAAGGAUACUACGACAUCCGACGCAUCCUGGCACGCAAGGAGAACAUCCUGGGCCAGUGGAGUCUCCUAAAGGAGCUGGUGGCUGGAAGGAGGACCCGCCUGGAGAAGAACCUGGCUUUGCAGAAGACCUUUCAGGACAUGGUCUACAUGAUCGACUGGAUGGAGGAAACGCAGGCUCAGCUGCUGUCAAAGGACUUUGGAAAACAUCUUCUGGAGGUAGACGACUUGCUGCAGAAGCACAGCCUGCAGGAAGCUGAUAUUUCAGUGCAGGCUGAGAGAGUGGAGAUGCUCAAUGCUGCUGCACUCAAAUUCACCACAAUAGAAGGCUACCAGCCAUGUGACCCACAGGUGAUCUGUAACCGUGUGAACCACGUCUCUACCUGUGUGGAAGAACUGAAACAGCUGGCGGCUAAACGGCGGGCUGAGCUUGAGGAGUCGAGACAGCUGUGGGCCUUUUUUCAGGAGCUGGAGGAGUCGGAGGCCUGGAUUCGGGAGAAAAGCUCCAUCCUGGCCUCUCAGGGAUAUGGGAAAGAUCUGAGCAGUGUGCUGAGGUUACUUCAGAAACACAAGACUCUAGCCGGGGAGCUGCUGGCUCAUCGCUCUCUGCUGCAGAACACCAUAAAACAAGGAAAGCAGAUUCUAAGUGAAAAGAGCUUUGGCACCACUGGGAUCCAGGAGCGCAUCAUGGAGGUAAAAGACGUGUGGAAAAGGCUGGAGGACCAGGCUGCGCAGCAUCUCAACCACUUGCAGGAAGCGCUCAACUUCUUCCAGUUCUCCACGGAGACAGACGACCUGGCGGCCUGGCUGCAGGACGCCUACCGUCUCGUCUCCAGCGAGGACUUUGGUCACGAUGAGUACUCCACUCAGUCUUUGCUGAAGAAACACAAAGGGGUCACAGAGGCUAUCGAUAAACACAGACUACAUGUUGUUGCGCUGCGGAAACACAUGAUGGUGCUGCCUCUGCAAUACCAAGAACAGGAGGAGGUGCAGGUGCGUUUGGGCGACGUGGAGCAGCUAUAUGCCGAGGUUGCUGAAGUCGCCGUGCUCCGGCAGCAGUGGCUUCACGAUGCGCUGGCUGUGUACCGCAUGUUCAGCGAGGUCAAUGCCUGUGAGCUCUGGAUCGAUGAGAAGGAGCAGUGGCUGGAGAAGAUGGAAAUCCCUGAAAAGCUGGAGGACGUGGAAGUGGUGGCACACAGGUUUGAAAGCUUGGACCAGGAGAUGAACAGCCUGAUGGGACGGAUCCUGGAUGUUAAUCAGAUAGUACAGCAGCUCCUGGAUGGAGGUCAUCCUUCUUCUGCGGAGGUCAGAGGUUGUCAGGAUCAUCUCAACUCCAGGUGGAACAGCAUCGUAGAGCUGGUGGAGCAGAAGAAAGACCAGCUGAACUCAAUGUUACGGCUGCAGAAUUACCUACUGGAGUGUGCUGAGAUCAAAUCCCAGAUCCAGGACAAGAGGAAAGCCAUUGAUGCCACACAGUACAUGGGCAGCGAUUUGGGAGGGGUCCUUGCUCUGCAGAGACGCCUUUCUACCAUGGAGGGAGCCCUGUCUGUCUUGGAGCCCAAACUGCUACAUCUACAGGAGGAAGCAGAGUAUCUGGCCACUGCUCAUCCAAGUCGAACCAUGGAAAUCCUUGUGCCGUUCGAUGGCAUCAGCGUGGAAUGGGAGGAGCUUAAGAGGACCCUGCAGGGAUGUGAAGACUCACUGAUGGUGGCUAGCAGGCUCCAGAGCUUCAUACAGGAUCUGGACUCCUUCCUAACCUGGCUGGUCCAGACCCAGACGGCUGCUGCCUCUGAUCAACUUCCCAACGACUUGGAAGAGGCAGAAAAACUCAUCAACAAACAUGCUGCUCUCAAAGAGGAGAUCGGACGGUAUGAGGAAGACUAUGAGCGUCUCCAAGCCAUGAACGAGCUUCUAGAGUCAGAAGAUGCACCUCUGCCUCAGGCGGCCCUGCAGCAGUGGCUCCAGAAGCUUGAUGUUGGCUGGAACAAGCUCCUCGAAAUGUGGGAGAGCAGGAGGGAAGUUCUGGUCCAAGCUCAUAUUUUUCACCUGUUCCUACGAGAUGUCAAACAAGCAGAGUCCUUCUUAAACAACCAGGAAUCGGCUCUCGCUCACGUGGAGCUUCCCACCACCGUAGAAACAGUCGAAGGUGCUAUAAAGAAACACAAGGACUUUACCACCACAAUGGAGCUGAACCUGCACAGGAUCAAAGCUGUGAUUGAGGCAGGAGAAAGCCUGAUCAGUCAGAACAACAUCUACUCCGAGCGCAUCAGGGAACGUAUCGACACCCUCGCCAGCAGGGGAAACAAGAACAGGGAGCUUGCCCAGCGGUGGCUGGAAAAACUGAAUGACCAAUGGGAACUUCAAAGAUUUCUCCAAGACUGUCAUGAGCUGGGGGACUGGGUGUACGAGAAGAUGCUGAUGGCGAGGGACAGCAGUCGCGACGAGACCCAAAAGCUUCAUAAGAAAUGGCAGAAGCACCAGGCUUUUAUGGCCGAGCUGGCCCAGAACAAGGAAUGGCUGGAUAAGAUCGAAAAGGAAGGCCAGCAGCUGAUUAAGGAGAAGCCGGAGCUGAGCCCCGUGGUCCGGAAGAAGCUGGAGGAGAUCAGGGAUUGCUGGCUAGAUUUGGAGAGCACCACCCAGGCCAAAGCCCGCCAGCUCUUCGAGGCCAACAAGGCGGACCUGCUGGUGCAGAGUUAUGAAAGCCUCGACCAGAGGCUGGGCCAGCUGGAGUGUCAGCUGUCCUACGUGGACCAGGGACAGGACCUCACCACCGUCAACAAACAGCUCAAGAAACUCCAUACCAUGGAGUCCCAGAUGGAGCAGUGGUAUAAGGAGGUGGGUCAGCUGCAGGUUCAGGCGGCUUCCAUCCCGCAGCAGACGCAGAUCCAAGGCACGGUGGUGGAGCGACAAGCUGCUGUAGAGACCAGGAUGGCCCGACUGAUCGAGCCAUUGAAGGAGAGACGGAGGCUUCUUCUGGCAUCUAAGGACGUUCAUCAAGUCGGGCGAGACCUGGAGGAUGAGAUUUUAUGGUUCCAGGAGCGCCUCCCUCUGGCCAUGUCCCAGGAACACGGCUCAUCACUUCAAGCCGUCCAGCAGCUCAUGAAGAAGAACCAGACACUUCAAAGAGAGCUGGAGGGACACAGGAGCAGAAUCGAAGAUGUCCUGGAGAGGGCAGGGAUCAUUGCCUCCAUUAGGAGCCCAGAGGCUGACUGCGUCAGAGCAGGUCAUGACCAGCUGGCCCAGCUGUGGGCUCUGCUGUGGGCUGAGACAGAGAGGAGGCAGCUGGUACUGGACGCCAUGUAUCAAGCCCAGCAGUAUUACUUUGACACAGCUGAGGUCGAGGCCUGGUUAAGUGAGCAGGAGCUGCACAUGAUGAAUGAGGAGAAGGGAAAGGAUGAGCCGAGCACGCUGCAGUUGCUGAAGAAACAUUUGCUCCUGGAGCAAACCAUCGAGGACUACGCUGAGACCAUUGGCCUGCUGUCACAGCAGUGUCGACAAUUGCUAGAGAUGGGACAUCCAGACAGCGAACAGAUCAGCAAGCGUCAGUCGCAGAUAGACCGACUGUACGUGUCCCUGAAGGACCUGGUGGAGGAGAGAAAGAGCCGCCUGGAGCAGCAGUACUGGCUGUAUCAGCUCAACAGGGAGGUGGACGAGCUGGAGCAGUGGAUCGCCCAGAGGGAAGUGGUCGCCAGCUCGCCAGAACUGGGCCAAGACUUUGAGCAUGUCUCCGUUCUCCAAGAAAAGUUUACAGAGUUUGCCUCGGAGACGGGAAGUGUGGGGCAGGAACGUGUGACGGCCGUCAACCAGAUGGUGGACGAGCUCAUAGACUACGGUCACUCUGAGGCCGCCACCAUCGCUGAAUGGAAGGACGGGGUUAAUGAAGCCUGGGCCGACCUGCUGGAGCUGAUGGAGACCAGAGCGCAGAUGCUCGCUGCGUCACACCAGCUGCAUAAGUUCUUCUCAGACUGCAAAGAGAUUUUGGCUCAGAUAGAAGACAAGCACCGCAGACUACCAGAAGUUCGGGCUCGGCAGGGGAGCACCUCCAACACCAGCACCCUGCAGAGACUCCUGCAAAACUUCGAACAGGACAUCCAGCUGCUGGUCACUCAGGUGCGUCAGCUGCAGGAGAGUGCGGCCCAGCUGAGAACGGUGUAUGCAGGAGAGAAGGCCGAAGCCAUCGCCUGUCGGGAGCACGAAGUGAUGCUGUGCUGGAAAGAGCUGCUGACAUCAUGCGAAGAGUGUCGACUGCAGAUCACCACCGAGACGGACAAGCUGAGGUUCUUCAGCAUGGUCCGGGAUCAGAUCAUGUGGAUGGAGUCAAUCAUCUGCCAGAUAGGCACAGGAGAAAAGCCAAGGGACGUGUCAUCGGUGGAGGUGCUGAUGAAUUAUCACCAAAGCCUUAAGAGUGAAGUGGAGGCCCGCAGCCAGAGCACCCUGGAGUGUAUCGAAAUGGGAAAAAUGCUGCUGGCUGCUAGAAACCCUGCUGCUGAGGAGAUUAAAGAAAAGCUGGAAAAGGUGAUUUCCAAGCAGCGGGAGCUUUUGGAGAAGUGGGACAAGCACUGGGAGGUUUUACAGCAAUUGUUGGAGGUCCAUCAGUUUGCCCAGGAGGCAAUGGUGGUGGAGGCCUGGCUGACCGCUCAGGAGCCGCUGAUCAAUAGCAAGGAGCUGGGAGGGAGCGUGGACGAGGUGGAGCAGCUCAUACGCCGACACGAAGCCUUCAGGAAAGCAGCCGCCACCUGGGAGGAGAGAUUCAGCUCCCUGCGACGCCUCACUACGGUGGAAAAGUUGAAAGCAGAACAGAGCAAAUUGCCCCCAACACCCCUUCUGGGGCGUAAAGUCUUCCUGGACCCACAAGAUGCAUCCUCCGUUCCAACAACCCUCCCCCGCCUUCCAGUCUCCCCCGUCAUGAGACAGACCAUCUACGAGCAGAAUGAGGCCAGCUCUCCUCCAUCUCCUUCGCCUGCCACCCCAACGCCCUCCCCAUCAGCUGCGGCUCGCCGGCUGGGGUCCACGGUCGCCAACUACACCCCCGUGAUGAACGGAUCCAGCUACAGACACAACCUGGAGGCGCGGCACGGUGGAGUGGUGGGUGUGGCAGCUGGACUAGGUCAGCCAGCUCCCUCGUCGAUUGCAUCUGUUGCCACGGCGGCAAUGUUGGUGUCGGCCAAUCAGAUGCGAGAAAGUACCAGCACUGCAAAAGAUCAGGCCACCAAAACCAUGAGUUACUUACAGCCGGGGCAGGCGGGAAAGGAGCUUGAGGUGAAAUCCUUGCCGUAUCUACGGCAACCCAAAAUCAAACACUUGGACGAUGCUGUGACGCCUUUGAUUGUGGCUAGCCGACUGGAGAGAGGCAGAGAGAGGGGUAGAGAACGGGAACGAGGGGGGGGAAUGGCAACAGAGCGAGCAGAGGUGGCGGUGAUGGCUGAGGUGGUGCUCCAGGAGCCGGGUCGAGAGGGUCUGCACAGCGAGCCCACCAGGGGGCCGCGGGGAUCCAGGACCGACCCCCUGGGUCACGCAGAACCUCAGGUCCAGACGUAUCAGCGGCAGCUCUCCAGUGAGCAGCUGAUCCAGGCGCGCAGAGAUGAGCUACCUCAGGAGGUGUGGAGAGAACAAGCAGAGAGGAGGCGGACGCUGGAGAGGCAAACCUCCAGUGAACAGGAGGGCCAUGACGGCCGGCGGAGAGAAAGGGACCGGCACCGAGGGGAGAGACAGGAGUCCAGUGAUGACAUGGGCAGGGAGCAAUCAGACAGACGCUCUACAGGAGGAGAGAAGAGAACCACCAUGGCAGAGAUAGUAGAGCAGCUUCAAGAAAGAGAAGCAGCACAGGCUCGUGGUGAGGUUCCCCGCCUGCCCAACGGUAUACCAGAAAAGUCUUCCCGUCUUGACCGGCCCAGAGCCAGGGACAGACCCAAACCAAGACGAAGGCCUCGUCCCAAAGAGCCAGGAGAGACAACGCGGAGGUCCAGAUCUGCUCCAGCUCAGAGCAGCCAGACGGCCCCCCAACCACCAACCCAUACAGCACACCAUGAGGGCUUCCUUUUCCGCAAGCUGGACAUCGAGAGCAUGAAGAAAAGCACCAAUAGCAGGUCUUGGGUCAACCUUUACUGCGUGCUGAACAAAGGGGAGCUGGGUUUCUACAAGGAUGCCAAGAACACUACCACGUCCUACAACAACGAGCCCCUGCUCAACCUCUCCCACUGCCACUGCGACGUCACCAACGGCUACAAGAAGAAGAAGAACGUCUUCACUCUGAAAACGAAGGAUGGCAGUGAAUUUUUGUUUCAUGCAAAGGAUGAGGAGGACCUCAAAGCAUGGGUGAACAACAUCACCGCCAGUAUUUCAGAGCACGAGGAGAUUGCCAAAUGGGGUCAGCCCCAACCAACUACCUCAUCCACGGACGAAGGGACACGGCGAGACGGCAGCAAAGUGGACAACAGGUCGGAUAGAGGCGGCGAGCGCUCCGAUCGUGGAGACCGGAUAGAGCGGGCGGACAAGGAAAAGGAAAGGGAAAAGGAGAAAGAGAAGGAGAGGGAGAGAGGAGAGCGGUCGGAGAAAUCAGAACGGGCGGGAAAGUCAGACGGAAAACGCUCCGAGAAGUCAAGCAAGAAGAAAUGAACAAAGCAGCAGAUCUUUUGGGAUUAAAACCUAUGAACCCUGAAUGGUCAGGAGGCGGGGCCACAGACAGCAGGUGGAGGCCCCUCCUCUUCACUCCGACACUCUCCGCUGUGUUUGGAUGGAGAGCAAAGACUGACCCCGGCUCACUUAGAUGACGGACAGGAAGGAUUUCACUUGGGAGCAGGAGAGGUCUCCCCCCUCCCCACACGAAUCUCUUCUGGACCAAGCACAGUCACUGACGCCCCCGGUGGCUGUCACAGAGAACUGCAAAUGGCUUAAUUUUUCUAAUAUAAAGGAUACACAAGCAUCACUUUAACUCAAAGGCUGUUACUGAUCGCUGGCAGCGCGGUAAAACGUAGCGCAUAUUGUUCCAUGUUGGUUUUCUUUUGUAUGAGAUGAGCUGUAUCGGUACGUGAUUCCUCUGUCUGUCCUAUCUACUGUAUUAUCUGUCUGUCUGUAAGUGGAGAAAUGACCCACUAUCUCUUAUCAAUACUCAGAAAUCUGGAAAGAAGGAAAUUAUGCCAAAAUGUGGAAUUGUUUUUUUUUUUAGAGACCUUCUACUCUUUUUUUAUGCAUUCGUUUAUAUUUUUGUGAAAUUCACUUGUUUUGUUUUUUUUGUUUUUAUUAUUACUUAAAGCCCCUUUGAUAAAGAAGCACCUGAACUGCUCAGUUGAGAUUUUUAAAGCGGCUGAUGGCUCAAGAAAAGAAAAGAGCAGAAGAGAAAUUAGGGGCAGCACCGUCGUUACUGUUGGCGUAUUUGGUUAGGAUCACAUUAGAUAUAAAAACUUCAGGUGAAGUUAGGAUCCCAGUUCGGUUUAUACCACUUAUUACAGUUUUUUAUUUUUAUUUUUUCAGUUUUUCACUUCCUUCACAAAACACUGCAAUUAUGAUUGUAAUCAUAAGGGGAUAAUUCCCCACCUGCUGCUCUGAACCACCAGUUAGAACAUUUCAGUGGGAUAAGGGUUUGAUAAUUGUGGUGAUAGGAUUGAAAGGAUUGGUAUGAGCAGUCAGUAUUAAGAUGUAAAAGACAUUUAUUAAGAUGACCAAGACAUUUAUUUCUACUGAUAACAUACAGAAUAACUUAGUCAGCAAGAUGAAUUAAUUCAAGAGUUCCUCCAAUGAUGUUAAAGUUAGCAUCUAAUUUAUGCUUCUAAUUGGCUUCUGAAUAAAGGGCUAUUUCUCUAAUUAUAAGAUCUAGAAUACCUAAUUUAGCUGUAGUUCAAAAUGUAAAGUAAGUAGAUAUCUAACUGCCUUCUAUUUACAUGGCAAAUAAGGCUCUGAUAUAAUUUAUUUUACUCAGUAUUUUAGCACACAUAAGCUCAUUUCUAACUAAAGCUUGACAUGGUGCAGAAAAGCCUUUGGCUUAGCCUUUAAACUUAGAGGCA